AUGUCGACUGGUCGCAAGGUUUUCCAUUGCGCUGUCGACGAGACAGCCCUCACCACCAACAUCAGCGAGAUCAAGAAAUGGACCACCCAUGGCGCUAUCGACCUGAUUGUCCCUCUCUACACCCUCGAGCGCCUCCACGCUUUGAAGCGCGCCGGGUCGCAAGUCGCCAUCAACGCUCGUGAAACCGUUCGCUUUCUCGACAAAGUUACCUCCGGCAAAGACAAAGAAAUUCCGAGUGAGCGCGUUGUCCUCCAGGGCCCUUUUGAGCAGUACGAAAGCUGGGAUGAGGCCGAGAAGUUCUUUCUUCCCGAAUUUGAAGAAGAGCUGGAAGAAGAGCUGGAAGCAGCGAACCGCGUGGAUUCCUCCAAGCCUGCCCCCGAGCACGAGGAAGCCGACAAAACUGAUGCAGCGGACGAUCUUUCGCAGAUGCUGCUGAGCCGACUGAAUUUUAAGAAGAACACCGAAGCCGCAUCCGUUCCCUCCGUCGCCUCCGCGGGCUCCCCGAGCGGCCCAGCCUCGCGCACUUCGUCCCGCAGCUCGCGCACCAGCCCUGAGUGCGCCCAGCACGAUGGCGAACAGACGUCGAAGCCUGGAGCAACCCUGAACGGCGGGCACCGACGCAGCAAGUCUGGCUCUACGAUCCCGGUGGUUCCUGCUUCCCUGCGCCCGUUGCUGAGCGCGCUCCUGUGGCGACUGCACGACGGUCCCGAUGCCAAGAACGCUGCGAAAAAUUGCAUUCUCAUCACAAACGAUCGCACGACUCAGACGUGGGCCCAGAAAUUCGGCAUUGGGGUGAAGAAUAUUGCGCAGCUGCGUACAGCAAUCCAGUACGAAGAACGCGAGUACAAAAACCGAUGCAAAUACGUUGAAAAGACUCAGAAUCAGGCGAUAGAACCCAAGCCCAAGACGCUUCUUUCUUACGAUGAAGAAACUGAUGAAGACGAGCUAGUGUUCGUCCCUCGUGGAGGACGCGGAAAAGGUUCCUCGCGCGGUGCUCGUGGUGGAGGUCGCAAAGCCGCCGUGAAACCCAACCCGACAAGCCCAGUCCCUGUCGAGAAGAAAAUCGAGAUUCCUACUCAGCCCAUUGACCCCGACUCUUUCAGCCGCGAUCUCAGCGGGGUUAGCAAAGUUGCGACACCUCCCAGCGCGGAACAGGGCACCCCGCAAGCUGCAGCUCGUGGAACCGCGGGCGCUUCUCGCCGUGGCGCACCAAACUCCCGUCGGGGAGGUGGAGGCUCUCGGGGGUCUACUCGAGGCAAUGGUCGUGGUCGUGGCAAGCUCUGGGUUCCUUGA